ACAUUUUUCACAACCACAAGCCCGCAGCCGCAACAGCCAAGUACAGUAACCAGUGUACGCCACCCCGGCCCUGCCGACCUUGGAUGCGCCCCGCCGCACGCCAUGGCAUCCGCCGUCGCCACUAGCUCGCCGGCCGCAAUGUCCUACGGCUGGCUCGGCCCGCGCCUCUCCUUCGGCCGCGACUCUGCUUCCCCGGCUGCCUCUUCAACGGCGGCGGCGGAUCACGGGCUGGCGACCGCGUGCAAGGCGGAGCAGGCCGCCGCGGUGUCCAAGGAGUUCAUCGACUUCGAGUUCAGCUUCGGCGGGUCGGGCACCAUGCUCCCCGCCGACGAGCUGUUCGCCGACGGCAAGCUGCUGCCGCUCCGCCCGCAGCCAGUGGCGGAGGCGGCGCCGGAUGCGGAGCGGGAGCCGCAGAGCGCGCCUGCAGCAGCGGAGAUCCCGGCGACGCCUGAGCUGGUGAGGACGCUCCGGCCCUCGAUGCCGGAGGCGUUCGACCCGUACGUGUUCUCCCCCAAGGCGCCGACGUGCUCGAGCCGCUGGCGGGAGCUGCUCAGGCUCAGGAAGGUGCAGACCCCGCAGAAGCCGCCAGCGUCGCCGUCUACUUCGCCUUCUCCGUCGCAGGUGCCGGCGACCCCGUCCAGAGCGUCGAACUCCUCGGCGGCCAGGUCCCUGAAGCUGCUGCUCCUGCAACGGAACGGCGGCGGCCGCGCGUCCGACCUCUCCGCGGCGCCGCUCCUCCGCGACAGCUCCGACUCGGAGACGUCCCUCUCCCUGGCCUCCUCCCGCUUCUCCAUGUCCUCCUCGUCCUCCUCCUCCGCGCACGACCACGACGACUUCCCGCGCCACUCCGUCGACUCGGUGGACCUCGCCCCGAAGCCGCGCAUCCGGCUCGUCCGCUCCCAACCGCAGCAGCGCCAUUGCCACCCGCCCGCCCCCGCCCCCGCCUCCGCGCCACCCCGAGCCUCGCACAGCAGCUCCGCCCCGCCACGUGCCAUGCACAGCCCCGCGCGUCGCCGCCCCGCCACCCCGCCACCGCCUUCCGUGGCCUCCGUCGACUCCCCGCGCAUGAACUCCUCCGGCAAGAUCGUGUUCCAGGGCCUCGAGCGCAGCUCCAGCUCCCCCGCUGGCAGCGCCCACUCCAGCCUCCGGUCCCGGUCGCGCGUGAUGGACCGGUCCUACUCCACGCCGGUGGUGCUCAACGUGCCCGUGUGCUCGCGGCCGUCGUUCGGGUUCUUCAAGGACAAGAAGGACGUGGCGGCCAAGGACGCGGCGGCGGCGAGGCUGCGGUCGUCGCUCGGCCGGAAGACCGCCCAUCCCGCCGGAAACAGCAGCGUGAGUUGCAGAGAUCUUGUCUCCAGCAAAUGAAAUUAACCCUGUUUUGACUAGGCUAGGCGUAGCGUAGGGACUAGGCAGUAGCCUCUAGGAUUCGGUGGUAGACUGGUACUACUCCUAUUUUCCUUUAUCGAAAGAACAGUUUGAGAUAGCUAGUUUGGAUUUGAGUUGAACAAGAGAUCCAGAAAUCGAAAGAGAAACAAUCAGAUUAUGAGAGGAUGAUACUAGCAUAUUAUUUUUGUGGUGGUUGUUGUUAGGAUCUGGCUAGGUAGAUUCCCCACAACCAUUCAUCUUGCUCCUGCCCUGUAAAUUUUGUCUAAUGUUUUUUGCUAUCCAAUCAACUCUCAGAUUUGAUUC